GGCAGUCCCCGGACCCGCGCCCCCGCUGCGCGCGCCAGCACCUCCGCACGUGACGGCCGCAGUUCCAUGGACCAAACACAGAGAAGAAUCCUGGGCCAGCCCCUUUCUAUGCCCACCACCCAGCCCAAGAAGAAAAGGACUCCAAUGAUGUCUUUCUUUUCCAAGGUCUCUUGGAAACUGAGGUUCCAGAAGAGGGAGCAUUUGAAGAAUGUGCUUUACAUCUUGGCAGAAAGAGCCCGGGACCCCAGUGCUAAAAAGCGUCACCUGGCAGUGAGAGGCCUGGGAACCAUGGCCCGUGAGAACCCCGACAAGGUGAGAAAGUAUAAGAAAAUUGUCCUAGACCUGCUGGUGCAUGGAUUGUAUGAUCCCAUGAGUUCUGAAGUCAUCCACGAAAGUCUGAAGACUCUGACCAUCAUCCUGGGCAAGAUCCAAGGGAAAGGUUUGGGCUCCUUCUUCAUAGACAUCACUCUUCAGACCAGGACGCUACUAGAUGACGAGAAUGACAGCCUGAGAUACUCAGCCUUUGUCUUGUUUGGGCAAUUGCCUGCCUUUGCUGGGCGGAAGUGGAAGAAAUUUUUCACCAACCAAGUUAAGCAGACUCAAGAUUCCCUCCUGACCCAUUUACAGGACAGAAAUCCCCAGGUGGCCAAGGCUUGCAAAGCCACAUUCCGAGCCUGUUCUCCCUAUCUGAGGCAGAGGAAGGAGCGCAGCUUCCAGAGCGAGGACGAUCGGAGGAACCCCAAGCUCUGCCGGCAGCUGAGCCUCUACCAUCCAGAGCUCCUGCAGUACUUCUACGCAAAUAAAAUUCUGUAAACUCGGAGCCGAGGGGAUAUGCUUCCGUGUGAGCAGAUUGCCAGAGGGCUGAUCGCUCCCUCUCCUAACUCUUCAGAUGCUUCUGCCUGCCUCUGGCAAUUGCGAUAGAAAAGGGGGUGUUGGGAGAGCAGCUGAUGGCAAAAGGAAUACUGGGGUGUUGUAUGAUUAUAUCCACAGCAAAGCUGAAUGGCUUUCCCAUGUCCGUUUCUCCCCAUGCAAAUUUGAUGAGCAGGUCCAUACUUUUAAUAAUGCAUUUAAAGUCUAUGUUGAUUCAGUGCUUAUUUCUCAGCUUUUUCCUUAAGUUCAAUGCUAUCACAUCAUCUUUUUUUCCCCAUUUAAAAAAUUUUUUUAAAUUGAUUUCAGACAGGAAGGAAGAGGGAGAGAGAGAGACAGAAAUAUUCAUGACGAGAGAGAGUCGCUGAUCGACUGCCUCCUGCACGCCCCACACUGGGGACUGAGCCUCAAGCCGGGCAUGUGCCCUGACUGGGAAUUGAGCCGUGAGCUCCUGGUUCGUAGGUCAGUGCUCAACCACUGAGGCAGCCGGCCAGGCACAGCAUCUAUUUUUAAUUUUAUUUCAAUUUCUGAGGCUCAGAAGAAGAAUGAUUACUUUAAGUGUGUUUUAAAUCUGCUAUUGAUACUUUGCUAUUUGCUAAUGAUAUCUUUUCUUGGUAAGACCUGCUUAAAGCUGGUCAAGGUACCGAGAAGGUGGUUUGGAGGAGUAUCUCCAGCUUCUCAUAAUCUCCAACAGUCAUUGCCUCCAAGAUCAUUCCAAACAAGAAUUAAUAAAGGGAAAACAAUCUAUAAAGCAUGUGUUGUAAAACCUCAGGCUGAUGGUAAAAUAUGGAAUACUAAGUAACAUUUAUUGAGAAUGUUUAUGCUAAACGCUGUGCAAGUACUAUUUAAUACAACAGCACUAUGAGAAAGGUACUGAGAUUAUCCUCAUUUUAUAGAUAGAAAAACAAGGCAUAGGGAAAUUAAGUAACUUCCCCAAGAUGACCCAGGAAACGAUGGAGCCAGAAUUCAAACGCAUACGGUCUGACUUUUGGAGCCAACAUUCCACCACCACGCGGUACCGCCUUACUAGGGAAUAAUUGAUGGAUGGUUAGAAAUGUAAAAUAAAUAAAAUUAAAAAGAAAAACUCCUCAGCUCCUGCUCUUCUCUUUAACUCACUUAACUUUUGCUUUUUUAUGUAUUAAGUAUACAUUUUUAUUAAUUUAAUUUGUGAGCUAAGUAUAUAUUUUUAUUAAUUACCUAUUAGCUAUUAUGUCAGUUUUUGGGUGAUCAAUCCUAGUUCCAUGAGAAGUCACAGCACUCUGAUAAAAGAUUUCAAGAAAAUUCUCUUAGUGCCUCCCAUCUCCCCUCCAAUCAGAUUGCUCCCAGAGCUUCCCCUACAGAAAUUCUGUUAUUAGCCCUCACCGGUUUGGCUCAGUGGAUAGAGUGUCAGCCUGUGGACUGAAAGGUCCCAGGUUCGAUUCCGGUCAAGGGCAUGUACCUUGGUUGCAGGCACAUCCCCAGUAGGAGGUGUGCAGGAGGCAGCUGA